AUGCGUGCAAUGCAGUCUCUAACGAACAUUCUUGCCGCAGCUGGUGUCUCUACAGUUAUUAGCCGUGAAUCUUUCAGCCACUAUGGUGAAAGCCUAGCUGGUGUCAGAGCCGAGACACAUUACACGCAGUUCGACGUACCAGUCGAUCCCUACCGUGCUCCCGGCGAUCUAUCCAGCGGACUAUUGUUUGGAAUCUCGCCUGAACCAUUUGGUCAGCCUGGAAGUGGAGAUAAGCACCUUGCAGCUUACUCGUAUCGCCUUCCAUUAACUGAUGUUGAGGAAAACAGGCUUCCGAUAUACAAGCCGGAUGGUUACGAUCCAUCUCACUAUGAGCUACACCGUCGUUAUCUCCAGGCCGGUGGAAAACUAUAUAUACCUCGGCUGAAAGGAAUUCCCAACCGAAAGACCGAUCUAAUCGGCUCUGAAGCAGUCCUUGCGACAGACCUACUUGGAAUGAAUGAUGACUGGCCAGCUGUUGGUUCUCAAGAACGACAGAACAUCCUCGACAAAACUGCCACAUUCACCAAGGGCCUAAUAUGGUUCUUUGCGAAUGGUCCAGCUGUGCCUCUGGACAUCCGUAACGAAUGGUCCCGGUUCGGCUACUGCCUCGAUGAAUUCCCUGACAACAACCACUUCCCGCGUCAGCUUUACGUGCGAGAUGCACGGCGAAUGGUCUCCGACUACGUGAUCACCCAGCACACAGCAUCAGAGCACGACGGGGAAGAAGAAGACCCGUACCCCGUUGCCAUUGCGUACUGGUCCACUAAUACGCAUUGGGCUGUUCGUAUUGAGCAUCAGUUCUGGGAGCUUGGUCAGGCGUGUGCGAAUGCUUGCGAUAUUGCGUUAUCAGAUACAACUGCCCCGAUGCCAGUCCAGGAUGUUCCGUAUGGACUGCUGAGAGAGAGAUUGUUGAGCCAGAAUGCAGUGCUGGAUGUGGCUUUGGUAGGGAAGCCGGACUUUUCCCUGCUCGGUCCUAAUCCGAAGGCAUAA